UUAUUCCACCCGGAAGUUGAGUGUCACAUGCUAUCAACAUGGUGGGUGGAUAUUUAUGAUUUGGAAACAAUCAUUACAAUCAGAAGCAGCCUUUUGCCGUUGUUUAAAAAAUGCCGUCGACUCCUCAACUCUCACCACAGGAGGAGCAGGAAAAGCUGCUGGAAGAGGCUCUAAAUGUUGUGAAGAACCAAGCCUUUCAGAUGAAAAGAUGCCUGGACAAAGGGCGUUUGAUGGAUGGACUUAAACAUGCUUCAACUAUGCUGGGAGAGCUACGUACAUCUAUGUUGUCACCAAAGAGUUAUUAUGAAUGCUAUAUGGCCAUUUCAGAUGAACUGCGGCACUUAGAGAUGUAUCUUGUUGAUGAAUUCCAGAAAGGUCGAAAAGUUGCAGACCUGUAUGAGCUGGUGCAAUAUGCUGGAAACAUUGUGCCUCGCCUGUACCUUUUGAUAACAGUUGGCACAGUGUACAUCAAGUCAAAUGAACUGUCACGUAAAGACAUUUUGAAGGACCUUGUGGAGAUGUGUCGUGGUGUACAGCAUCCACUGCGGGGUCUGUUCUUACGCAACUACCUUCUGCAAUGUACCAAAAAUGUUCUUCCUGACAGUGAAGAAGACAGCGCGGGCACUGAUUCUGGAACUGUCAUGGACUCCGUUGACUUCAUUCAGCUUAAUUUUGCGGAAAUGAACAAACUGUGGGUACGCAUGCAGCACCAGGGUCACUCGCGUGAUCGUGAGCGGAGGGAGCAGGAGAGACGAGAGCUGCGCAUCUUGGUGGGCACCAACUUGGUACGUUUGUCCCAACUGGAGUGCAUCGACAUGGAACGCUAUAAGAAAUCUGUACUCCCAGGAGUGCUGGAGCAAGUUGUCAAUUGCAAGGACCCAAUAGCACAGGAGUACCUUAUGGAGUGUGUCAUUCAGGUAUUUCCAGAUGAAUUUCAUCUUCAGACCUUGAGUCCUUUUUUGCGGGCAUGUGCAGAGUUGCAUGCCAGCGUCAAUGUGAAGAACAUCAUCAUUGCUCUUAUAGACAGGCUGGCAGCAUUUGCUCAGAAUGAGGAGGGCUCAGGCAUCCCAUCUGAAAUCCAGCUAUUUGAUAUUUUUUCUCAGCAAAUAUCACAGGUUAUUCAGAACCGUCCAGACAUGCCACCCGAAGACAUCGUGUCCUUGCAGGUGGCACUCAUUAACCUGGCACUAAAGUGCUACCCAACACAGGUGGACUAUGUGGACAAGGUUCUGGAAACUACUGAGGACAUAUUCAAUCGUCUUAACCUGGACCAUCUGGAACAUGGCAGCAUGGUUUCCAAAGAGCUGAUGCGGCUGAUGAAAAUUCCUGUGGAUACUUACAACAAUGUGCUGACAUUGCUGUCUUUACAACAUUUUGGUCCACUCUUUGAUUAUUUUGACUAUAAGGGGCGAAAACUCAUGAGCUGCCACAUCAUCAGCAAUGCUCUUGAAAAUGAAACCCACAUUCUGUCACAGGAGAAUGUGGAUGCUAUCCUGAACAUUGUUAACUGCCUGGUACAAGACCAGAAUGACCAGCCAGAAGAACCUGAUGAUCCAGAAGACUUUGCUGAAGAGCAGGGACUCAUGGGAAGAUUUAUUCAUCUGUUACAUUCAGAAGACCCCAAUCAGCAAUUUCUGAUCCUCAAUGCAGCCAGAAAACACUUUGGCAAUGGUGGCGAUCAACGUAUUCGCUACACACUACCACCCAUUGUGUUUGCUGCUUACAGAUUAGCUUUCCGCUACAGUCAGCUAAAGGAGGAUGAUGAAAACUGGGAGAAGAAGUGCCAGAAGAUUUUCCAGUUCUGCCAUCAAACGAUCGGUGCACUGAUCAAGGCAGAGCAGGCAGACAUUCCCCUGCGCCUCUUCCUCCAGGGAGCUCUGGCAGCAGGGCAGAUUCACUUUGAGAACUCAGAAACUGUAGCUUAUGAGUUUUUUUCACAGGCCUUUUCACUCUAUGAGGAUGAGAUUAGUGACAGCAAAGCUCAGCUAGCAGCCAUCACCCUCAUCAUUGGCACACUGGAGCAGAUGGCUUGUUUUGGGGAGGAGAAUCAUGAGCCACUGAAGACGCAGUGUGCUCUCGCUGCUUCAAAACUUCUUAAAAAACCUGACCAGUGCCGUGGAGUUGCUGUGUGUUCCCAUCUAUUCUGGUCUGGUAAAACAGCAGCCGUAGAUGGAGAGCUUCAUGAUGCAAAGCGAACAACAGACUGCCUCAAGAAGGGGGUCAAGAUAGCCAACCAGUGCAUGGACAGCUCUGUACAAGUGCAGCUGUUUGUGGAAGUGCUUAACCACUACAUCUACUUCUAUGAGAAGGGAUGUGAGCAGAUAUCAGUGCAGGUGCUGAACCAGAUUAUUGCACGGGUGCGAGAACUGUUGCCCAAUUUGGAAGCAAAUGAAGAGACAGAGCAGAUCAAUAAGCACUUCAAAAACACUUUAGAGCACCUACAGCUGAAAAUGGAAGCUCCAGAUUCAACUGUAUCUUAUGAAGGACUUGUGUUGUAAACUGUGCAUGUUUAGGAGAAACAAAAUGAACAUGAUCAAGUUGCAAGUUGACUCGCAGGUUUCACUGUAAACUCAGUGGGAACUGUUGAGACAGAGAGGGACAGAAUCACUACCAUUAAUCUUUGUUGCAAUGUGACAUUUGUCUCUGUCGUAUUAAUCACUUGUAUUUCAGCUGAGAUAAGCAUUUAAAUAGUUACACAUAUCCUCCUUCAUGUCACAAAUUUACUUUGAUUUAAAUAUAGCCAUGGCUUUUUCCAAAGCAACACUUUAAGAAAGCAAAAGUUUUUCGGAAGUGUUUUCUUAGUAGCUGUUUGUAUUUUCUGUUAAAAUGACCUCACCAAAUGAGGAUUUUUUUUUUCAUCUGAUGCCCAAUGAAAAUUGCUUAUAUAUCCUUUAUAAUAAAAAAGAUAUGAAUGAGUGCAAUAGUAGCUGUUCUAUUUGAUACACACAUUCCUUUACCAGGCAGUGUCAUGAGAAAGAAAGUAUCUUUUCGGUGUUAGCCAUGGAAGACCAGUUUUUCUGCAUGCCAAGUACCCUCAGACUAGUCCUUAUUUUGGAGUGCAACUUCAGUGCAGACUCUAAUGUGUGGUAGUUUGAAACUUUGUAGCUGAUCAGAACAUCAAUGAUACCAAAAGAACACAUAAUCAUUUACAGUUUCAUGUAGAAUAUUUUUGUGUCCUAUUGCUGUGUAUAUUUGAGAGAACAUGAUGCAUUUUCAGCGUGGCAUCCAUGCUUGUAGCACAGUUAAAAAAAGGAGGUAAAAAGUAUUGUCUUGUUCUAACCCUGAUGUAUAUUUCCUCAUUAUAAGGCUUUCAUCUCUAUCCCUAACGUUUACCCAGUACUUUGCUGAUCUUGUUCCUGUGAAUGAGUUGGAACUUCUGAAGUUUGAUGUUGAAUCACCUGUCUGUUAGUAGCGCAUGUUGACCUUGUAUUUAUUUGUGAAUGAAGUGUGCAGGCAUCAGUGACUUUGUCAAACGGCAUGUUAAGGUAGCGCUUAAAUUAAAUGAUUUCAGAAAUGUGAGAAGUGUAGUAGUCAUAAAGAUGUGCAUUUGA